AUGCAGACUGCUUCUACAAACAUUUGUGAAAGACUGUGCAAUGUCUAUCCAUGAAAUUUCCUUGCUACUAAAUAUUCCACGGUCAACUGUUAGUGGUAUUAUAACAAAGCGGAAGCAACUGGGAACAACAGUAACCCAGCCACGAAGUGUUAGGCCACGUAAAAUGACAGAGUGGGGUCAGCGCAUGCUGAAGCGCACAGCAUGCAGAAGUCGCCAACUGUCUACAGAGUCAAUAGCUAAAGACCUCCAAACACCAUGUGACCUUCAGAUUAGCACAAUAACAGUGUGUAGAGAGCACUUCUCUGUAUGGCAAUCGUGUCUGGGUUUCACGGUUGCCAGGAGAACAGUACAACCAAGUAUAAAGUUUGGUGGAGGGGGG